UCAGCACAUCCUUCCCCUCCCUUCUCCCAUUCUGAUGCGGUUCAGCCUGAGUGUGUCUCAUCCACGCACACGACGUAACUCGUGGACGGAUUUCAUGACAUCAUCGUCUGGGCGCAGCGCCUUUGAUUGACACCGGAUAGCUUUUGACGUCGUUGCUCACGCCAGGCCCGCCAUGCAUGGGGCGUAACCCUCGGCCCGCCCUCCCCUUCUCGUGUGACAUCAAGGAAAAGGACCCGCACGUUUCACACAAGCCAACAUGUCCGACGCCGACCCAUCGUCGCCGACGGGCCCCCCGCUGCCUCUGGCCUCCCCUCGCAACCCGCCUCAGAUCUCCUUCCCCUUCCUGCGGGAGGGAAGCCGGGUUUGGGAGAGGGAGAGGAAGCCCCCUCUGCCCGGCGGAGAGCUGCCCAGCCCCCUGCCUACUAAACGCACUCGCACGUACUCGGCGACUGUACGAGCCAAAUCGGGUCCCGUGUUUAAAGGCGUGUGCAAGAACUUCUCCCGCUCACAGGGGCACGGAUUUAUACGGCCCUCUCAUGGAGGAGAAGACAUCUUUGUCCAUAUCUCAGACAUUGAGGGCGAGUACGUGCCCGUGGAGGGGGACGAGGUGACGUACAAGGUGUGCCCCAUCCCCCCCAAGAUGCAGAAGAUCCAGGCAGUGGAGGUGAUGAUCACCCACCCGAAGCCGGGAAGCAAGCAUGAGACUUGGUCGGGUCAGAUCAUCAGCUCCUAGACCUUCGCUGCUGACCCAGAGGGUCUUGGCAGAGGUCUGGAUUGAAAACAUUAGGAGAUUUUCUGUCACGGGAAGCAUGACGAAUGGAGAUGAAAGAGCGAGACGGGAGAGUCGCAGACAGGUGGAUAGAAGGCUUAAAGUAAAAGAUUUGAAUGUAGCCUGCAGAAAUACAAACCUGAAAAAAAAUUGCAUCAUCAUAC